CGCGAGAUAGUCAGAGAACGCGAAAGAAAAUUAAACAUGGCGGACGGGAACAUCGGAGGCGGCAUUCAAUAAGGCUGCAUCCGAAAAACUUAUGCAGUGUUCCAGGCAUGAUGGAAGGAGAGAAGGAGAGAGAGAGGGAAAGGGGAGAGGAAAAGGAGAGUGAUGAGACUGAGGAGGAUGCUGAAGGAGCAGCCUUGCUGUGGCAAGAAGGCUCUUCUGAUGAUGACCUAGGACUACCCAUCAUGCACUGGGAGGCCCUAAGCCUGCGUAUUGCCCAACUUGAGAAACAAGAGGAAGAACGAAGAGAGAAGAAUAAGGAUGUUGCGCAGUGGACAGACAGUUGGCCAGAGUUAUAUAACCUUACCAGACAUCAAGACACCUGUGAGGAUGUGGACGAUAGCCGCCUGACAGCCCUAACGUCACGACUCCAGAGUCAUAUGAACCUGCAACUCUGUUUCAUCAACAACAGUGAGAGUGAAGAUGAGGAGGAGGAAGACAAGGAGAAGAAAGAGUUGAACAAACACUCUGGGAAACAGAUGCAACAGCCACAGCAGCAUUCCAGCACUGCAUCCAGCAGCAAAGCCAAAUCUGGUGGGUUUAAGAAAGAGGUCAAGGCUGCUCUCAGCAUGCUAAGACACAAGUUAAGGUUGGAGCAAAAACAGACCAAACCCCCCAGUGAUGCAGUUAAAGAGAGAACUCAUUAUAAUCGCAGCGACUUGAUGAAUUUCAGCUUAAAGGAGUUGAAUGCACUGAAGACCACACUAAGUAAAGACAUUCAUAACCUCAGCUCCGAGUUAGUGGGCCGACUUCUCACAAGAGACCAGCUAAGAACUGAGCAGGAUGCCAUGUUACUGGAGAUACAGGAUAUGACAUCACUCUGACAGAAGAGGUCACUUCCAUUAAAGGGACAAAACCGAUGCCUCAAUGACUUGAGAACGUACAUACCUGGGAGAUCCGCCUGGAAGAAUGAACUGUACUGUGAAAAGUUUCUCCACACCAAAGGACUGUUUAGGGAAUUUAAAGGCUUAAAUUGCACAGAUUUGUUUCCAAGUUUUCCUUUAUUUUAGCUGCUUGGUAAGGUUUCUAUUAAUAUGUUGAUAUAAAGAUGUUGUAAGCUGUUAUUGCUGUCUAGGACCAACCUCUUUCCAGAAUCAAAUUGUUUUUGACAAAUCAUUCUUUUUAUUGUUCCAGCCCCUUCACAUUUGUGUCAUAUUUACAUUUUAGUGAUGUACAGCUUCUAUAAUAUCAAGUCAAUAGUUUAUAGUUACAUGCAAACACUUGCAUAGCUAAUGGAUAAAGCAGUAUCGUUUGACAUUUUACAGUAUGUUUCACACCUGUGCUCACAAAUGUAAAUUAACAGUUAGAGAAUCAAAGCUGUCUAAAACAUGGUCAUUAAAGUCUACCUGGAAUAA